UGUUAUAUAGUUAUUUGGGGGUGGUACAGGAUUUGGCAAUCGGCAAAUUUGGGGGUGAGCUGCUAAUAGUUUUUUCGUUUAAAACGCAUAAGGUGCUUGAAGCAGGAAAAAGGGAAACCGAAACGAUCGUAGGGGUCGGUCGCAGAGUUCGCCAUCCCACAUGGGUAGGUUACACAUUGACUUUUACUGAGUGCUUAGACAUGUUGUCCCCAAUACCAUUGUAUUUCACUAUGCACUCUCAGACCUGGCUAUAUACCAGUUCUGGGCUAUAUUACUAGCUAAUCUUGACACAUUAUUAUGCAGCAUUUGUAUGGAUAGCCCACAGUGGCUAAACUGUAUUAUUCCAUAGAUUGCUAUAUAUAGGGUGUGGACAUUUUCUAUGUACUCAUUUGUAUGUAUUGUUCUUACUCUGCGCCAGAUAUUUUUGUGUUGGAUUUCCAUUGCAAUACUUAACUUUUUUUGCAUCUAUAUGUUUUUUAUGUAAAACAUUUUCAAUAAAGAUUUAUACGUUUAUACUUAAGGUGGUGUUAUGACUCCAAUUUCUCUGUAUACAGGAAAAUGCAAUUUGCAGCAUGGAGAAGAGUUGCAAUAUUUAAUUCACGUGCCCGAUACUGUAAUUCAUAGUGGAUUUUAACCAAAUCUGCAGGUAAAAUCCUCAGCAUUUUUGGGUAUGUGAACGUAGCCUUAUUACUGUGUCUAUCUAUUUUUCUUUCACGAUAUAAUUACAAUGACCUAUGACAGCUUUAUCCAGGAUGUGUGCCUAGCUCUACAACAUCUGUUCUCAUUGAACAUGUGUGACUGGCACACUUAAAAAAAGAGCAGCAUACUGCUCUGUCCAUGUUCUCAUCGGGAAGCAGUAUGAUUACAGUGAUGGGAAGCCCUUUCCCACGUUCUCCCACCUCAUUCUAAAGCUUGUCCCUAUUGUAUAACACACUCUCCACCUGCUCUGCUGGGAGCAGGGUAUUAUCCUCGGGCAAUUCACAGUCAAUUUACCAUGCUGUAAUAGAUGCCUCCUCUAUUGUCCUGCUGAAUGCAUGUAUUGGCUAUGUGAGUGUGGGAAAGUCUGACAAGUGAGGGACUCAUGCUUUUGUAUGCAUGCUCCGGGGUAUAAAUAGAGGAGCCCUGACUCUACAUCUCAGAUCACUUCUAGCUCAGCACUGAAAGCUCAGCAGCUCCUUGUACUCUUCUAAAUAUGGCACCCACCAGCAUGGCUAUGGAUAACUUCUCACUAAAGCAAAAGAACAAACUGAGAAAGCCCAUUGUGGAGAAGAUGCGCAGAGAUAGGAUUAAUAGCAGCAUCGAGCAACUCAAACGUCUAUUGGAAAAAGAGUUCCACAAGCAACAGCCCAACGUCAAGCUGGAGAAGGCUGAUAUAUUGGAGAUGGCCGUGAGCUACCUGCAACAACAAAAAGAACAACCACAGAGCAUUCCCGUUGAACAUCUACAGCAGGAUUACAACCAAGGCUAUUCCUGGUGUGUCAAAGAAGCUCUGCAGUUCCUAGGUCACCACCCAACCAGUGGAGAGACCCACAAGCAGUUGCUCAACCACUUAAAGGUUCCACAGAAUAAUCUUGCUUUCUCCUACCCAAGUGACCAGAAAAAAGCCACCGUUUCGAGUGCUCCAGCCAAGAUCUGGAGGCCUUGGUAAACUAGGGGACUUACAUAAGUAAUGGACUUCUGCUAGUAUGGAACCAUGUUCUACUAAAGUACGUUUGGAUACAACGGAAAAGAGGUCUUCAGCAUCCAAAAGAGACUAUUUCCUGAAGAGUGUUGUGUUAUCCCAAGGAUACCUAUGAAAAGUACUCAACUUUUUACUCAUUGAGGACAUUUUGUUGCCCUGCAACAUGUAUGAGGUUAUUAUAUCUAUAUGACCUUACAGAGCAGUUGAAGGCCUAGUGAAGUCGCUAGUCUUGCUCAUUCUACAAUGUAUAUCUUCUAAGAAGCUGUUGUGUUGGAAGGAAGGUUAUGGAGAAUGGUUUACGUUCUUAAGUGUUUCUCCUAUGAAGAGUUCUAUGACAUUUCUAGAAAUGUUGCUUUAGUGUUCCUUAUGGGACAACCAAAAAAAAAGUAAUUUUCGACUUCUAUGAAGUCUUGUGUAUUUGUUCUACAAAGGCUUUUGUAUAUAAGGCAACGUGAGGACUUCCAGCAUUGGGUUACUACAAAAUGCUGGUUCCUCAAGAUGUCUUAAGUCAUAGAUUGCCUUAUUAUGUCUGUAACUUUGUUUUAAGUGCCUAAGCAGCCAUACUGUAUUCUCCAAGAAGAAAGCUAUUGAGGUGAUAUUGUGUACCCCAAUGGGUUCUAUAGUCAGCGUGUUACGUGGAGAUGUCUCCACGGCAUUCUGAGGAUAAUGUAUCUUUUAUAAGGAUAACUCUUCCAAUAUGUGAUAAAGUAUAUCUCUAAGGAUUACUUGUCUGUUUACAUUGAAAACUAGGCUUUUUGUUCUAAAAAAGACUCUGUACAAAAUAUUUUUGUAUGGUAACUGCAAGUGUAGUUACUUGUAUUCAAUUGUAUUUUCCAUCAUUGGGGAUGAUUAUGUAUUAAGUGUAUUGUACACAGAAACUGUGAUUUAAUGGUCUCAAAAGACUAAAGGAAUAUUGCACAAAAUUGAAAAUAAAAUAUUCCCUAA